AUGACUACCGCAAAGACAGUCAAGUCCGAGCAAGGGCUCGGUAAUCGAGCCCUCUUGGACAAGAUGGACAAGCUGCGAGAGCUCGGCAUCUCCAAUAUGGUGCCUCUCCCUCAGAUGGUUGUCGUUGGUGACCAGAGUGCUGGAAAGUCCAGUGUCCUCGAGUCUCUCACUGGCUUUCAUUUUCCUCGCUCAGUGACUCUCUGCACUCGCCAUGCCACAGAGAUCAUCUGCCGUCGUGAGGAAACCGAGAGCAUUGUUGUUUCUAUUCAUGCUGUUGAUGCGGAUGAGGAACAAGCAAAGUCCUUUCAUCGUACUGCGACUAACCUCGAUGCCGAUGAGUUUGCUGCUAAGGUGAUGGGCAUCAAGUCAGAGUCUGGUGAUGGCUCUCCUGGAUCUGCCUUUAGUCGCGAUGUUCUGCGCGUCGAGAUCAGCGGCCCCAACGAAGAUCACUUGACUGUCAUCGACGUUCCCGGAAUGUUUGAGAAUGUCACUCCCGGUGUCACCACAAAAGAAGAUAUUGAGCUCGUGAAGAAUAUGGUGCAAAAGUACAUCCAAGAGUCACGCACCAUUAUCCUCGCUGUGGUCCCUUGUAACGGCGACAUUGCGAACCAGAAGAUUCUCACCUACGCAAAGGAAGUUGAUCCUGAGGGUAAGCGAACUCUCGGCGUCCUCACCAAACCUGACUUGGCGGUCGAACAGGCUACCAAGGCUGUUGUCGUUGACCUUGUACGCGGAAAGCGACGUGAUCUUCAACUUGGAUACUGCGUUGUGAAGAACCGAAGUGCAGACGACAGUUCUUCCAGCGCUGAGGAGCGAACUCGCGCUGAGAAGGAGUUCUUCUCCAAGGCGCCUUGGACUUCGCUACCCCCUGACAGACUGGGUAUCCCGGCGCUCAAGGUCCGUGUCCAACAGCUUCUCAUGGACCGAACCAAGAGCGAGUUCCCCAAGGUUCGUGGAGACCUUGCGACUAUUCUCAAAGAAACGGAAACACUUCUCAAAGACAUGGGUCAGUCUCGCAGCACUACUGAGCAACAGCGUAUCUAUAUUGGACAGAUCGCUGCUCAGUUCACUCGUAUCAAGCACUGUGGUCUUGAUGGACAGUACAGCCGCGAGAAUCUCUUCGACGCUGGCACAGAUCUCAAGCUCAUCACCCGAAUUCGCGAAAUCAAUGAGGAGUUCGCAAAGUCCGUCUAUGACUGGGGCGAGACACGAAAGUUCCACCGUCCUGGCGACAAAGAGGUGGCCCCAGCCGCUAGCGAGGAAGAUGAGGCCUCGGAGGAAGCAAAUGCCGAGUCUGCCGACGAACGUUGUGGCCUGUACCGCCGCGGCAUCUCUUUUGAGAUCCCCAAGUUGGGAGAGCAAGAGCUGGAGGAUGGGGUUCUUCAUGAUGCGUUCGAGUGGCCGGAGCCGAACGAAGAGGAUAUCAUGCAGUAUAUCGAGAGGGAGUGGCUUUCUUCCCGUGCUUAUGAACUCGGCACUUUCGGUGGUGAAAUGCUACCUAAGAACUUCAAGGAGCAAUCCAAGAAGUGGUCUGGCAUGGCCCGAGCCCACAUUGCCAAUGCCAUUCUCAUUGUGCACCAUUUCAUCAGCAACGUCCUGGACAACUGCUGUCCCGACCCGGUUAUUCGCGAAGAGCUCUGGAAUUUCCUCGUCGAUGACCUGCAGACCCGGUACAAGCGUGCCGUCAACCACACCGAAUUCCUCUUGAAGGUCGAGUUCGAAGGUCGCAGUAUCACCUACAACCCCUCUUUUGGCAACAAUCUAGCUGAGAACAGAUCAAAGGGAGAAGAUUUGGGUGAGCUGGUUGAGAAGACUACAAAAACUGCCUUGCAACAAUCUUACGAAACAGAUAUCGAGGUUGCCAAGUAUGUCCGUGACGCUGUCGAGGGUAGACCUAAGCCUACAAACCUAGCCACCAUCUGCCAGGACAUUCACGAUGUUCUUUUGACCUACUACGACAUCGCCCGCAGUCGAUUUGUCGACGUUGUCUGCCGACAAGUCAUCGACUUCUUUCUCCUCGACGACGCCGACGGCCCUCUCACUGUUCUGUCUGACCAAGUUGUGUUUCACAUGACACCUGAGCAACUCGAAGCUAUUGCCGGCGAAGACAUGCUCAGCCGUGAUCGCCGUGAGAAGCUGACUCGUGAUGUGGUAAACCUGAAGGAAGCGCUCAAGGUUCUCCGUGGAUGA